CUGACCAGAUCCUCAUUCCUCGCUUCCCUCGUCAUUCGCCCGCUCCAUAUAAGACCACUCGUUCGUUUCUUAGACACCUUCUCUUGCGCCUCAUUUUUCCCCACUCUACCUUCUCCCUACGCACCAGCGUCUAAACGGCCUCGUCAAGAUGCACUCCCUCUCCACCUUUGUCCUCGCUGCCGUUGCGGCUUCCCACUUCUCCCUUGUCAACGCAGGUGUCUAUGUCACCAGCCCCGUUUCAUCAACCACCUGCACCGGUGGCCAGUCCUGCGAAGUUGACUGGGUUGACGAUGGCGCGCAGCCCCUUCUCAGCGCGAUCGGCGAGUGCUCUGUCGGCCUUUACAAUGGAGAGCUGAACCAAGUUCAGGCUCUUCAAUCUGUUGAUGUCUCGAGUGCGCACUCCCUCACGUUCACUCCUAACCCUUCCGCUGGCGACAACGGCCAGUACUACAUCGUCUUCAGCUCGAACUCUAUCUCGGGCUAUCAGAGCUUCUCUGCCUCUUUCACUCUCGACGGUAUGACUGGUGGCGGAGGCUCUUCCUCCUCCAGCGCGUCCGGCGGCUCGACCACUGGCACAUCGACUGCGACCGGUACUGGAAGUGGGACCGCGACCGCCACUGGCACCGGCUCUGGCUCUGGAUCGGCCACCGGCACCGGCACCGCUACUGGCAGUGGAGGUGGCUCUGGUACCGGCUCCCCCACAACCACCGCCACCGUGACUGAGACCGGUACUGCGACGGGCACUGGCACCGUCGUGCCUCCUCCCUCGUCGGUUUCGAGCGUCAGCGGCGGCGGCUCGGGCUCGGGAAGUGAGACGGGCACCGCGACCGCCCCACUAUCGUCUGCGUCGUCCAUCCUCUCGUCUGCCUCUACCUCGCUGAGCGGCUCGUCGACGUCCGCAAGCUCGUCCGCUUCGCCCAGCACCACCGGAAACACCGGUGGUGCAUCUUCGGUCGGCGCGCCGUCGAUGCUCUUGGCUGGUGUCCUUGGUCUCACCGGAUUCUUCCUGUGAGGAUGGGCGCCUGUGAAGUUGGACGGAUUCAAAUCGGCUUUGGACAUGACAAUUCAGAUUGAACUUGACAACCUAUUCUUGACUUCACCUUCUUUUUACUCUUGCUUUCGCUUUCUUAUUUGCUGUGACAUACCUUAGUUUCCCAUCGAAAUUCCACGAUGAUACCUUUUGCCGUUUGUUGCUUCUGGCUUGCGUUCGGCGAGACUCUGUAGACGAUGUGUUUUAUCAGAUUUGUCGUAUUAGUUUUAGAGUGUGUAGUGUAGCUAUACUUGCAAAUGUGUCAAAUAAUCCUCAAUCUUGAAUAUGGAUAUGAGUAGUAGUGCG